CUAAGAAACACCUAACUUGUUCUUUUGAAUUGGAAAGCAACCUUUUUUUCUUCUUUUUCUCCCCUCUCCCUCUUUUUCUUUUAAACAGCAGUUCUGUGGUGUUCUUGGUCACACAUUUAUGGAGUUUCUGAAGGGCAGUGGAGAUUACUGCCAGGCACAGCACGACCUCUAUGCAGACAAGUGAACUGUAGAAAUUCAUUACUACUCCACCGAGAAGCCCCCAUAAGAGCGGAUAACGUGGACACAGAAGUGUUGAAUUGAAAUCCAUUCACAGAGCCAUUGUCAAGAGCUCUGACCUGGAUGGGGUAGACCUCAGUGCACUUCCUUUCUAUGCCUCAGUGUUACUGGAUUGGAGAAUUGCUGCUUCUGGUUAGGAGGUUCAUUUCAUUCCCAUUACGACGAACAUCAUACUCAGAGCACUGAGAAUUUCAAGUGGAGUAUUUUGAAGUAGACUUCAUUUUCUUUACAUCAUUUCUGUAUUCACUUUUUAAAAGUUCUUUCAUAGCCCUAUUGAGUGUUUUUUAAAUUAAAUUAACAUGGCUCGAAUGAACCGCCCAGCUCCUGUGGAAGUCACAUACAAGAACAUGAGAUUUCUUAUUACACACAACCCAACCAAUGCGACCUUAAAUAAAUUUAUAGAGGAACUUAAGAAGUAUGGAGUUACCACAAUCGUAAGAGUAUGUGAAGCAACUUAUGACACUGCUCUUGUGGAAAAAGAAGGCAUUCAUGUUCUUGAUUGGCCUUUUGAUGAUGGUGCUCCACCGUCCAACCAAAUUGUUGAUGACUGGUUAAGUCUCGUGAAAAUUAAGUUUCGUGAAGAGCCUGGUUGUUGCAUUGCUGUCCAUUGUGUUGCAGGACUUGGGAGAGCUCCAGUGCUUGUUGCCCUAGCAUUAAUUGAAGGUGGAAUGAAAUAUGAAGAUGCAGUACAGUUCAUAAGACAAAAGCGUCGUGGAGCUUUUAAUAGCAAGCAACUUUUGUAUUUGGAGAAGUAUCGCCCUAAAAUGCGGCUGCGCUUCAAAGACUCCAAUGGUCAUAGAAACAACUGUUGCAUCCAAUAAACGGGUGCCUGAUGGUAUUCCUUUGGAAGUGGAACUUGAGACAGGAUCUAAUGUGUCAUUUAUAUUUACUAACAUGUUAGCUUGGUGAAUACGUUUUAUAAAGCUUCCAUUAGGAGUAUUGAAAGCAGUUUUACCAGGCUACACGUUUGGGUUAUGUGGACACAGCGUUCAGCAUUUAAAAUGUGCUUAUCAUUUGUACCAAUUGACCUGUCCUGAAAAUCAUGCAGUAUUGUUUUAAAUCUAUUCCCAUGCCAGAAUCUUAUCACCAUACAAGAAACUUAGUGAGAUUAGGUGCCAAAAUACCCAGCACAAUAUUUGUGUAUUUUUAGGAUCAUAAAGAA